AUGGGAAGUAUAAGGAAUAAUGAAAUUCUGUGUUUGCCGAUCGUCCUGCUUUUAUCUGGCUGGUCUGCGGCUCAGAUAUCGUACUCUAUUUCUGAAGAGGUGGACAAAGGGACUGUGAUUGGAAACCUCGCAAAGGAUUUAAACGUCAAUGUUCGAGACCUGCAAACGAGGAAUCUAAAUGUUGUGUCUGGAUACAGUAAGAGAUAUUUCGAGGCUAAUUUUAAAACAGGGGAUCUUUAUGUUAAUGAGAGAAUAGACCGCGAGGAGCUCUGUCCAAACGUGAUAAAAUGCACACUAAACUUGGAGGUUAUACUGAGCAAUCCUAUGGUGCUCCGACGCAUCGAAGUCACGAUUGCUGAUUUAAAUGACAACGCGCCGGCCUUCGUAGAGAAAUCAUUUUCACUGAACAUUUCUGAAUCUUCACCCGCGGGCGAGCAUUUCUUGCUACCGCUGGCUCUUGAUGCAGACACAGGCAGUAAUUCGGUAAAGACUUACAGGCUGAGUGCAAAUGAAUACUUCUCUCUAGAUAUACAAGGAGGCGGAGAACACACUGCAUCUGCUGAACUAGUGCAGCAGAAGGCUUUGGAUCGAGAGAAACAAGCCGUCGUUAAACUAACACUGACCGCUGUAGAUGGAGGCAAACCUCCUAACACCGGAAGCGUACAAAUUAUAGUCCAUGUUCUGGAUGCAAACGACAACACACCAAUGUUUAGCAAAACACUUUAUAAAGCACGUGUAAAUGAAAAUGCUCCAGCCGGAUCAUUAGUAAUUCAACUCAAUGCCACAGACUUAGACGAAGGGGACAACGGGAGAGUAAUUUACACUUUUGUCAAACGUGCAAACUUCGAUCCAGCUGAUUUGUUUUUUAUAAAUGCCGAAACUGGUGAAAUCACUGUUAAGGGUCAUUUGGAUUAUGAAGCACAGUCAGCAUAUGAUAUUCAUGUGCAAGCAACAGACAGAGGUCCGUCACCUCGACGAGCAAAUGGGAAGCUAUUGGUUGAGAUAGUUGAUGUAAAUGACAAUGCCCCAGAAAUUGUGGUGACGUCACUCAUGAACCCUGUCAGAGAAGAUACUGCAAUAGGAAGCGUUGUCGCUUUGGUGACAGUGACUGAUAAAGAUGGAGGGAAAAACGGUCAGACUCGCGGUAAACUUGCUGGUUCCACACCUUUUAAGUUGAUUUCAAAUUACAAAAACUAUUACUCUUUAGUUGUAGACAGAACUCUUGAUAGAGAGCAGCGGCCUGUUUACAAUGUCACAAUUAUAGCUAACGAUGAAGGUACCCCGUCUUUAUCCGCCUCCAGUGUUGUUAAUGUUGAUAUUUCUGAUGUCAAUGAUAAUGCGCCUGGUUUCGCUGAACCUGCAAUUAAUAUUUAUGUAAAAGAAAAUAGACCAGUUGGUGCUCGGCUCUAUACUAUCAAUGCAGUCGAUCCCGACAUAAAUGAAAACGCUAAAGUAACGUAUUCGCUAGAAGGCGAUUCAAACAGUAUCCCAGUAAAUUUAUUUGUAAGCAUCAAUUCAGAAACAGGAGAUUUAAUCACCCUGCAGUCUUUUAACUAUGAGGAGUUAAAAACGUUCCACUUUAAAGUUCAGGCCACAGACUCUGGUGUUCCUCCACUCAGCAGCAACGUGACUGUCAACGUUUUUAUCCUGGAUGAAAAUGACAACAGUCCCACGAUUCUCGCGCCAUAUUCUGAGCACAGCUCCGUUAACAGUGAGAACAUCCCCUAUUCUGCUGAAGCGGGAUACUUUGUGGCAAAGAUCAGGGCUGUAGACGCAGACUCUGGAUACAAUGCGCUGCUUUCUUAUCACCUGUCUGAGCCCAAAGGAAACAACCUCUCAGACACACUCAAGAGUGACGUGGUGGUUUUCCCCGCUCCGUUUCCACCUGUAGAUGGAGAACUGAUCAGUAUUAACGGAGGAGACACUUUUACCAGAACUCAGACUUUACCUACCAAAGAGAAGGUGAGUUCACCAUAA